AUGGCUCUAAUCAUUUUACCAUUGUAUAUUUAUCUAAUAAUUCGUCGAUCAAACAUUCAAAUUAAAAUUGCAACUAAUAUUAAGUAUACCUUACUUGAUUUUAAAAAAAUACAACCUGGUGUAAAACUAAAAGGUUGGCAAGAAAUAUCAAAUGGCACAAAAUCAUAUAUUAGUAUUAAAGAUGGCGAAAAGCAUAUAGCUAAAGUUUACAGACCAAGUAUCAGUGAAUCUGAUACAAGCAGUAAAACAGCAUCGAUAGCUAGUUUACAUACAAUGAAAAGCUCACAUAGUUCAAGAUCAGCUAAAUCAGUAUCGAUGAGUCCAAUUGUCAGCGGCAGUAACACGUAA